CCGUACUUAUAGCAGGUCUCAUUCAACAACAAUGGCUACUCCUACGAAUUCUAAAGAUAGUGAAAAAAAAUUUAAAGAUCCUCUUUUAACAGGAUUUGACAAGGAUAGUGAUGAUGAUGGGAUGGAAAGUCUUGACCUAGAAGCAUCUGCCAAAUCAGAGGAAGGGUCAGUAUCAAGAAGUUCAAGUCUUAUAGCUAAUUUCCGCCUUGAUGAUGAUUGUGAUGGGGAGACAAGAGAUUUAUUUAUUGUUGUGGAUGAUCCUGAGAAACACACUAGCACCUUGGAAGCUUACAUCACAUUCAGGGUCACAACCAAGACCACUCGAGCUGAAUUUGAAGGCACAGACUUUAGUGUACGAAGACGUUAUAAUGACUUUUUAUGGAUUCGACAAAGGCUAGAGGAGAAUUAUCCAACACAUCUUGUCCCGCCACUGCCAGAAAAGCAUAGUUUAAAAAGAAUGGAUCGUUUUAGUACGGAAUUUCUUAAAGUACGUCAAACAGCUCUUCAAAAGUUUUUAACUCGAGUUGCUGACCACCCAGUCUUAUCUUUUGAUAAAUGCUUUCAAGUAUUUUUGACAGCGAAAGCUUGGGAAUUUCAAGCUCAUAAAAAACAAGGCUCUGGGUUCCUGAGCAGAGUGUCUGAUUCAUUGCACAUCAUGUCUGCCUCUUACAUGAUCAAGAACAGACCACCUGAGUUUGCAGUCAUGCAUGAUUACAUGACACUUUUGUCAGACAAACUGGCUGUGAUGGAUAGAAUUUCUCAGAGGGUGGCCAAAGAGCAGAAUGACUACAUGGCAGAGUUGCUUGAAUGGGGACCUUGCUAUACUCUGUGGGCCAAUUCAGAAGACCAGCUCACUGGAGCUUUAUUGACAAUGUCAAAGGCUGUGGAUGAAUGUGUUAGGGCAAUUAAAGAAUUAAUUGAUGACACAGAUUCUAAAUUUGCCCAACCUUUGAAAGAGUAUUUGUUAUAUACUGAGUGUAUCAAAUUGGUUUUGAGGAGAAGAGAUGCUAUACAAAACCAGUAUGACAUGGUUGUUGAUGAACUGGCCAAACGUAGAGAUGAGAAAGAAAACGUCAAAAGUUCAGAUCAAACUUAUUCCAUUGGAGCUUUCUUAGGGAAAGAUCCUGAAGAUGUCAAACAACAAAAACAUGAAAAAUUAGAACAACAAAUUUCAGAUUUAAUUCAUCAAAUGGAGAGUCUAAAUGACAAAACAGUAGUGGCCAAUGCUGAUCUGAAGGCUGAUAUGGAGAGAUGGCACAAGCACAAACAAAGGGAUUUAAGAGAAACUUUAAUGAACAUGGCAGAUUUACAAAUAGCUUAUUAUGAAAAGUGUUUGUCAGUAUGGGAGAGUACCAUUAGAAGUAUUCAGAACAAGGAUCAUAUUCAGCUUCCUUCAACAGCAGCUUUGAAUGAAAACCACAAUCCUUCCAUUCCUUAGAAACUGUCUUUGCAUGUCUGGAUGAUGCCCAAGUCACAUAGUACACAUUCUUCAUCGACUUUUAUCAUAAUAGAGUUUUAUUGGUUGUAUUCUUUCCAUAAGUAUUUGAUGGAUUGAAAAAGAAUGCUAUUUCCUAGACAAAUUAAGUGCAAUAUUUUUUACACAAAUUCCUUUGCAGUUUGUCUGUUGUAUAUAUAGACUUAGCUUACAGGAUAUUUUCAUGUAUUGCUUAGUACUUUAUAGUGUAGUCUGAAUGUUUCAUCAGUGCUUAUAGAUGUGACUAAAUUUUAUAGAAAUAGAAUUAAAUGCAUUAGUACAAGUUUUAACAUUUAAAACAUUUGUAUCCAGGUUUCUGGCAUAUUUUUAUUAUUUGACUUCAUUUAUUUGAAAUUAGCCAGCUGUUAUUAGUGAUCAGAGAUUUUAUUCUAUUAAACAUUAGAUAAUUCUCAUUGUAAGAAUAUACAUUAAUCUUUUUUAGUAAAAUUUAUUUGUUUAAAUUUUUAAAAUUGAAAAUUUGAAAAUAUACUAUGUGUCAACAACUAGGUUCAGGUGAGAACUAUUGGUCCAUUCCUCCUGAAAACUAGUUUUACAAUGUAACUAGUAUGGAUGGCUGUUUUAAUUGUGCUGUUGUGUCAAGUUCAUUGCUGUGUAUCAUGGUUAUUUUACAUUAGCUGUUCUAGUCACAUCAAUAUUUGCAUCAGAAUAGGAGUUAUUCUUAUACAUUUUUAGCCUCAACAUAGAUUUUUUUUAUCAUAUACUUCUGAUAAUACUCUCAAUAAACAUUAGCAAACCUUAGUAAGUCCAAUUCAUGUUCUAUUUGUAAUACAAACAAAUAUGUGAAAAACAUUUUUUUUUACAGCAAUCCUUGUAGAAAUAUUUUCUUAAGAAAUCUGUUUGAAAAAUAAUGACCAAACAUGCAUUUUCAACUUAGCGAUCCCACAGUAACACAGUUUGUGCAUUUAAAGCUUGGUGUGUAAAACGCAACAUAUUUGUUAUGCUGCUUCUGUGUUAACCUAUUUUAUUUUAAAAUAUUAGUUGACUAUUUUGUUUCUAUUAAAAGGCAUUUUUAUUGUAUACUUCAUUGAGUAGAAUGGUUUUCAUUUGGAUUAUUUCAUUAUCAACAUUCAAGCUUUGUAAAAAUUGAUUAUCACUAUUUAUUGAACUUUGGCCUCAGACCAAUAAAGUGAUUUGGUUGAAACUAUUUAUUUUCAAAAUAUAUUUAUACAUGCAUUAUAUUUUUAAUGGCUUGAAUUUUAUUAUGGAAAUUUUAAAUUUUUGUACAUUAUAGAUUACUAUCGUAAUUUUUUAAAUGUAUUUUUAAAACAAUGUCCUUAUAUAACUUACUCUGUCAAAGUAAACUUUAAAAAAUUAUUUUUAAAUAAAGCGUAAAUAGUUGACAGAUUAAGUCGAGUGUUGCAAACUUAAGCAAUUUACAAUUUGUAUUGAUUAUUUAUAAGAUUUAUGAAUGUUUUUGGCUUUGCCCAUCCCACAGAACAGUUGGAAAGAAGAAACAACUUAGUCCACUCUAAACAUUUUUAUUUUGUCAGUCAUCAAUUUAGAUCUAGAGAGGCGCUUUAGUAGUCUUCACAAAUUGUAUUUUACACCCCUCAAUUUUUAGAACUUUUAACUUUUGCUUUAGAAUAGAAGACUUCUUGUAGAUCUUAUUCUAGUUGUUUUAAAAUUGAUCUACACAUUAGUGCCCUCACAUAUGCACACAAUAUUUUCAAAUGAAACAUCCCUUCCUGCAGAACAGUUUCAAAGAUAAACAUCACGUUUUACAAUUUAGUCCACUGUUCUACACACUUACAAGCUUUCAUACAGAUGUAAAAACACAUUUGAUAAUCACAAUGAUCUUAGCAUAAUCCUUUACAUUCACUCUGACAAUAGUCUACACCUUCAGGAGAAUUACAUGGAAUGGAACAAAAGAAAGUUAUGCACCAAAAAAGUGUUAAUAAGUGCUUAAGUGGAAGAAAUUAUUGUUUUGUACUUUAGACUUUAAAAUUUUGGCUUUCAAAUAGAUAGUUGGUAGAAAUUGGACAUAAAAAAAUUAUUUUUGAUCAAUUUAACCACUACAGUUUUGAUCUUGAAAAUGGCUUAGUUGUCUUAGAUCCAAGGUAAGAGAGAAGAGGUUACAUUUUUGUGUGGGAGAGUUAGUGAUCAUUAUUAUUAUGAGUGAGUCGUCAGGACCAAGAAUAUAAUAUUGUAGAUAUAUUUGAAUGUAUUCUCUGCUUUGUUUUGAAAAAAAAAGUCACAAACUGAAUUGAAUAAUGAGAAGACUGUUGAGCACAAACAUUUGAGUUGUGGUUGAGAAACAUUGACACUGGGUACAGAAUGAAGGUCAGUGAUGAGCUUAUGCCUAAAUGAAUGCAGUUUUACUGUUGAGUGCACUUCACCUGAUCAGAUCCAACAUUUUGUGUCUGCUUUUCAAUUAUAUUUGAACUUUUAGUUUUCAUGUAUUGUGAUACCACAAAAUGUUAUUCCUGCAAGUGCUAUGACUGUAGAAUAAGAGACAUGAAUAAAGAAAUUGAAAAUCACAUGACUGUAGAGUAGUUGACUGAUUUGGCUGCUGAUUAACUCUUGUUAGUGGCUUCUGCAGAAACAUUCAAAUGUGAUCUUUAUGUAAACUGGUCUUUGUUUUGUUUCUUAAUAUAAUUCUAUUCAAUGAAAACAUGAGUGAUGAAAUGUAUAGCUAUGUAAAUGUGUGACUUAUUUUCUACUAGUUGGUGUGUAGAUAAGAUUUAGUAGAUAACAUUUUGUAAUGAGAUUUAAAAAAAAGCAUUUGAGUAAAACCAGGAGAGUUCUUUUUAAUGUACAACUUUAAGAGGAUCAUUUGGUUUUCCUUUUUUAUUUUGUUUGAUUCAAAUCAGAGAAAUGUGACCAUCAUGAGAUUUUGUGCAACAUUUUUAUUUAAAAAGAUGUUUUUUUCCUCUUCACUGCUUCAUUCUAAUGACACAGAUAAGUUGGCACAAGACCUUAUAAUCAUUCUGUUCAAAUGUAAUUUUUUAAAUGUUUCUUUGGCAUUUAUUUUAUAUACUAUUGGUGUUGCCCCCAUACAAAUGUAUUUGAUCACAUUAUCCAUGUAAAUGAAAGCCACAAGAAAUGUGUGUUAGUUUUAUUCAACAUUCAGUUCACUUAUUAUUUGCUUUUGCAGCAUUUAAUAUACAGAGAUUAUAACUGAAAAAAAAGGAUUUUGUCCCCAUAUAUUUUGGUCUCAUUUUAAUAAAUGGCUUUGUUGUUUGCUAUCACUAGUGAUACAAAUGUCUAUGCUGUUAGAGUGAAUGUAUUGAUACCAUCAAUGUAUGUACAUACAGAAUGGAGAAUGUUAUGUAUAUAGCUUGACAUCUUGAUGAGUUAUAACAUCUAGAUAAUGCUUUAUAACAUCCUGUCAUCUAUCUCAUUAUGAUUUGCUUAAUUUUUUUUGAUAUUUAAUGAAAACUUUGUAAUUUUAGUAGGUCUCUUUAAUCUUCAGUAAAACAUGCAUCAAAAUCUUUUUUUUUCAUGUUAUUUUAAACUUUAAGACUGUUUUGAAUAGUUGGAUACAUCCAUAGUGUUUUAGCUUUAUCCCUUUUGGCACAUAGUCUAGAGAUGUACAUCAAAACAAUAUGUUUAAAAUUGUUAAAGUCCACUUUAAGUAGAUUGUACAUGCUUCUAUCACAAAUCUGAAAAUGUCUAUGUGGCUCUCUAUAAAAUGAAAUUUAGAAACUACCAUAUCCAUUAAUCUGAUAUAUUUUCAUCCUAUAUUUAUUGUAUAAUUAAACAUCACUAUGUUCCUGACCUAUGUUUAUCUUCAUUAGUUGUAUUUUGUUUCAGUACCAUUUUCCCCACUCAGCUACAUCUUUUUGAUGUACGGUACACUAUAGAUAUUAAUGUGUACAUUCAUUUGUCUUUGUAUACUGAAUGGACAUAGCAGACUGUGAUUUUUUUUACCUUUAUGUUGUAUAUCAAUGUUAAUAAAAAAUAAAGGAAAAAAAUAGUUUAAUA